UUUAAUACACUCCACCAGAUUGUAACCUGCUACAGUUAUUUCUCCCUAUAUUUAUUGAACCCUAAGCGAACACACGGCGUUACACUGUAUACCAUUAUCCGAUUGAUCCUCACUACCAGCACACAAACACUGUCUAGCUUAGCUUCCACUUGAUGCAGCAGGAAGCAAAGGUUUUAGGCCGCAUGGCGGCCAAGGAAGCGGCGAAACGCGGCGGCGAUGAGCUAGGGUUUGUGGAGACUAUCUACGAGGAAGAAGACGAAGAUAGAAUAUACGAAGACUCCGCCGCCUCUUCCAUCUCUGCUCUCUCUCCUGAGCUUUCGUCCCCUUCUCCGGUGACUCCUCUCCUUUCCUGUGUUGAUUCCUGGCGUCGAGCGGCCGGACGUGAAACGGAUGUGGUGAUAUGCGUUCAAAAUUUGCGUUUCCACUUGCAUAAGGAGCCGUUGACGACUAGGAGCGGGUACCUGAAGCGGCAGCUGAAGAAAGUGUCAGAAUUAACCCUCCCUCCGCCGUUAAAGAUAACGCCCGAAACCUUCACUAUGCUGGUCGAGUUCUGUUACGAUGGUGACUUGGUCAUAACGCCGUUCAACGUCGCGGCACUCCGAACGGCCGCCGAGCUGCUGGAGAUGACCGGCGGAGAGGGCUUGGCAACAAAAGCAGAAAAUUACUUCCGACGCGCCGUCGCGAUUAAACAUGAAUACACUCUGAUUUUGCUGCGGUCUUCCCUGUCGUUGCUCCCGGUGUCCGAAACGACGGCGUGUCUUGCAAGCAGAUGUGUUGAAGCGUUAUGGGUAAUGGACGAAGAUCACGGAGUUACGAGUUGCAUGGGCGACAUUAAAGAGUUGAAACCCAAGGACUUUUUAGUAAUUCUCGAGUCCCUGAACCAACGGUUGAGUUGCAGCCAUGACUUGCUUUACAAGCUUGUUGACCUCUAUCUUAAGGAAUACAAUGGGAAGAUGACAGAAGAACAGAAAAUGGGAAUCUGCAACAACGUAAACUGCGCCAUGCUCUCUCCAAAGGUUGUCAUGCAUGCAGUUCAGAACCCAAGGAUGCCAUUACGCUUUGUGGUCCAAGCCAUGUUCGUGGAGCAGCACAACACGCGGCGCUCCAUCGUUUCAGCCGCCGGCCACCAUAAUCACGCCGAAAACCGGACCAAAACCUCCUCAAUGACCCUCGGCGCCGUCCUGGAGCGCGACGCGGCUCUUCGCCAGGCGGCUCACCUCAAGGAAGCCAUGCACGCCACCGUCUCGCGCAUCCGGAGCCUGGAGAAAGAGCUGAGCGACAUGAGAAAGUUUCUGGCGGAACCAAACGACGUCGCGACGGAUAAUUCUUGUCGCUCCGCCAGCUGUCGCCUUGCUGCAGGCUCGCUGCAAAACAAGAUCGGCAAGGGAGAAAGAGGCUCGGUUUCUUCUGGAAGUUUCCGGCUUAAUUCUGAGAGUAAUAGGAUUGAUAAGGCGGAGAGAGAACGCGUUUGUUCUUCUAGUUUUCGGAUUGUUUCUGACAAAGAUAGAUCGAAUAUGGCGGCUUCUUCUUCCUCGGAAUGGUCGCAGGAUGAGAUUCCGGGAGUCGCAAAAUACAAUCUCCCGCGGAGGUUUAUCAGAGGACUGGUAAGCACUUUUAGAAUAUCAAAGAAGAAGCCAAAGGAAACUGCCGGAAAAUUGGACGGAGGUAAAGCCGGGAAUGCGAAAGAGGUGGAUGGCGACGGAAACGUAGACAUUGUCGUCAUAAAGAAAGUGUAAAAUCUCUUCUGUUUUUUUGAAAUUUAAUUUCCUAAUUAAUUAUACUUAAA